CGUAAGAAAUAUAACAGAGUGUCUCAGAUCUACCAUAUAACAUGUUAAUGGCACAUUCCUAAAACUCUAAGGGUGGAAUUCAUAGAUGUUGCUUAAAAUCUGUCUUAAGAUAGUCUUCGCCAAGAUGAACUUAGCGUCCAAAAUUAUCUUGAGAAUGUCCUAUAUGCACAAACGAGUCUUGAAGAAUCAGGUUAAAGCUUAAGACUGUCUUAGUAAAGUUCAUUCUUAAGCAUCCAACUUCGGAAAUAUUCGGAAUUCCCUAAAAUUUGACCAAUGACAUUUCAAUAUCUAAAAGUAUACAUAGAGAAACGUGUGUCUUCGCUGUCAUCAGAAAUACAUUGUCGAGAUUCUAAUAAACGGUAGAUUUUACUAAUUUAUUUUACUUUACUAGCGUAUAUUAAAGAUAAUGUCUAAAAGAACGGUAUAUUCAGAUUUGGAAAAACAAGUAUUCCUUGAGAUCUUAAAAAAAUACAAACAUAUUGUUGAAUCGAAAGGUACAAAUACCUCCACGUUAAAAGAGAAGUCAGAGGCUUGGUCUAUUAUUAUGGAAGAAUAUAAUAACUCUUCCUUAAUUUCUACUAAAAGAGAUGUACAACAGUUGAGGAAGUAUUGGUCUAAUUUAAAACAGCAAAAUAAAAAUAUAUUAACAACUGAAAGACAAUCAAGAUUUCUCACAGGAGGAGGACCACAAAAAAAUAUUGCUGAAGUUGAUCCAAAUGUUUUAGACAUUGUCCCUGAUUUGAUGACAACAGCACCAACCAUUUCUUCAAGUAACUUUUCUAAGGCGGAAUAUGAAGAUCGACAAAUAAAGGUUUUAAAAGCAAUUCAGCAGAAUGCUUCGACCAAAAUUGAUUACAUUGCUAGUGGAGAGUGUUUGAAGACACAAAAAUUACUAACAUCUAAUGAACCAGCAUUUAACAUUGACGACAUGGAAUUUGAAAUGGAUGAUACAAUAUAUGAUACAAUAGAUAAAGAGUCUAAUAAUGAAUCUGAAAAAGAAAAUUCAAUUUUAUCAGAUAGAGAACUUAAGAGAAACAAAAAUAGAAAUGCUACAUCACGGUCCAAUUCAAAGAAACAGAAAACUGAAAGAAUGACUAUAAUAUGUGACAAAGAAAUGGAAUUGGCAGAUAUAAAAAUUAAUCAUGAAAUCGAAAUAUGUAAACUUAAAAAAGAACGAGAACAGUUUAUUAAUAAAAUGACGAUUAAAAAGUUGUUCUUAGAAAAAAAAGAGUUACAAGAAAGAGCUAAAUUAGCGAAAUUUCGUGCUCAAAGAGAAAUGGGAGAACAUUAUAUCUCAGAUGAUGAGUAGAAAAAAAUUUCUAAAAUAUUCGCUGUGAAUACUAAGUUAUAAAUAAUGU